CGGAGGCAACGCGGGAUCCAUUCCUAGCUCUAUAUCGGAGGGACCGGGAGGGCUUUUGCACCGUCCGCUACCAAUCCGCACGGCGUGGCGUUUCCCCGGUUGCAUCCACUUUUCUUCUUCCAAGCCCGGAGCGGUGCAUUGAGCCGAAGGGUGGCCCAGAAGACGGGGGCAGAGAGGGGGCUGUGGCUCUUGCCUCGCCUGCCCAUAGGAGCCCUUCCCAGCCCUCUCCAAUCCAGUCUAUUUGCAAAAGAGAAAGAAACCUACAGUAUGUCAAAAACCAACAAGCAGCCAUCACUAGCCUUCGGUCAGGUAGUGAUUGGGCCGCCCGGCUCCGGGAAAACCACCUAUUGUCAUGGCAUGCAGGAAUUCCUGUCUGCAAUUGGGCGCAAGGUUGCUGUGGUGAAUCUGGACCCAGCAAAUGAAGGGAUUCCGUUCCAGUGUGCUGUAGAUAUCUCUGAACUGAUCACCUUGUCUGAUGUGAUGGAGAAUUUGAAACUUGGCCCCAACGGUGGCUUAAUCUACUGCAUGGAGUACCUAGAGGCGAAUUUUGACUGGCUACAAGAGAAACUGGACCAACUGAAAGGACAUUACUUCUUAUUUGAUUGCCCUGGACAAGUGGAGCUCUGCACCCAUCAUAGUUCAUUGAGAAACAUCUUUGCUCAACUUGCUAAGUGGAAUUUCAGGCUGGCUGCUGUUCAUCUCGUAGAUUCUCAUUACUGCACAGAUCCUGGCAAAUUCAUCUCCGUUCUCUGCACUUCCCUCGCCACAAUGCUGCAUGUGGAGCUGCCCCAUAUCAACAUCCUCUCCAAAAUGGACCUCAUCCAGCAGUAUGGGAAGUUAGCAUUUAAUCUAGAUUAUUACACAGAAGUUCUUGAUCUGUCCUACUUAGUGGAUCACUUGGCUUCAGAUCCGUUCUUCAAGAACUACCAACGGCUGAACAAGAAGCUGGUGGGAGUGAUUGAAGACUACAGUCUGGUCUCUUUUGUUCCUCUCAAUGUCCAGGACAAGGAAAGCAUGCGGUGUGUGAUGCAGGCAGUGGACAAAGCCAACGGUUAUUGUUUUGGGGACUCUGAACACAGAAAUCUCAACGUCUUGAUGUCUGCAGCGAUGGGAGCUGAUUUUCAUUUUACAUCCACCCUGGCAGUCCAGGAGAAGUAUGUGCAGCCACAGGAGAAAACGGUGGAGCAGGAAACUUUAGACAUGGAACAUGCCAGUUACGGCAGCCACUGAAGGAGGGUGGAUCAGCCUGCCCAAAAUGGUCUCCCAGCAAGAACAGCAGGGGUGUGUGUGUGUGUGUGUGCGCGCGCACGCGCUCCCUCUGUGAUACUCCCAGGCUUGGUGCAGGAGUGAGCAGGCCACCAUCAUUGGGUUCCUUUUAAUUGUGUAGUGAGGACCCAGAUGUUUCUGAUAAGAAACUUGUAUAGUUGGCAAGGCGAUACGAUUUGGCACCUGCUAGUUAAGAGAUGACUAUUCAGUGCUAACAAAGUUGUUGCCCUAGAACAGGGGUCUUCAAACUUGGCUCUUCUAUGACUUGUGGAUUUCAACUCCCAGCAAUGUGUCUCCUUCAGAGCAUUAUCCUGCUUUAUUUUGCUGAGAAGUGUUAAGAGUUCUCUCUGCUACCAUUCCACAACUUGGUGCCUUCCAAAUGCUUUGGGGAGCCUCUUGCCAAUAAUAUGCCUUGGCCAUCAGCUUGAAGGCCAUUGUUGAGAAAAACGUCUCUGUCCUAUCACAGAUCACUUUCUUAAGAGUUUGGUGGCCUGUUCUCAACAAGGUCCUACCUUCUGGACGUUUUGAAUUGUGAUGCUGAGGGAAAACAUGGAAUCUGGAUAUUGUUGAGAAGAGAAUCUUUUCAGGCUUUUUUGGUGCUGCCAAAGAUUUUGGAUUUUGGAGAGAGGAAUGCUAAAUAAAAAAGUUUUCGCACUUUCUUUUUCAAACUUUGGUGCAUUUGUAUGAUAUUUUAUACAGACACAGGCUUGGAGCAGUGUGACUUCUCCCUCUGCAGCAUAUGGGGUAGAAGAGGAAAACAACAUUUGCAGAUGUUUUAAGACUACAAUAUAAAAUAUAUAGCCAGACUGAAUCAGACCAAAAACAUCAAAUACCCAUGGUUAUUGCCAUGUCUUCGAAGUUAGUGGAAACCUGGAAGUCGACAGACUACUGGCAAAGUCAAGGCACUAACUUUCCAAGAUAGUGCUGUGUUAAGGCCAUACCAAUAGUGAGUUAAAGUCCACACAUCCAAGUGGCCAAGUUCAAAAAACAUUCAUUUAAGAAGUCCACAUCGAUAUGGGUACAGUAAUAUCUUCCUGUAGUAGAGAUUGAAGCUUUUACUCUGCUGGAUUUGUAUAAUUAGUUUAAAACCUGAAUUGGUGUCAUUGUUAGAUCCACUGCUUUUAUGCACAGAUAUGAAGAAAUACUUUUUUAAUCCAUCUCAAAUCUUUCAUUGCCAUUGAACCUCCCUAGAUUCUCAUGUUGCAAGAAAAAGAAAAUACUUUAAUUUGAAUGACUUUCUUCCCAUGAAGCAUAGUUUGUGUAUCACCAUGUCUCUCCUCUUGCCAUUUAUUUCUAAAUAAAAUAGCUCUAAAGGA